CAACGCGAGCAGUUGAACCAAUCAGCGUGUUCGGUAAAGAAGAGUCGGAAAUCCCAGAGGCUAAUACGUAAGAAGAUGGCUGUCGUGAAUCAGCUGAUGGGGACUUUCUCCAGGAUAUCUCGACCCUUGGUGUCCACACACAAAGGAUGGAGAGGUCAGCCACAAAACUUAGCACAACCAUGGUUAUCCUCCGUCCGCCACUCUUCAAUUUUGGCUGAGCUCCCAGAGACACAUGAAAUGCUGAGGAAAACCUGUAGAGACUUUGCAGAAGCAGAGCUGCAGCCUCUGGCAGGAAAGUUUGACAAGCAGGGUCUAUACCCAAGAGAACAGGUGAAGACAAUGGGAGAUUUAGGCUUAAUGGCCCUUGCAGUGCCAGAAGAGUAUGGUGGAACUGGGAUGGACUAUCUGGCCUAUGCUAUUGCCAUGGAAGAAAUUAGCAGAGGGUGUGCAACAGCUGGAGUCAUAAUGAGUGUCAACAAUUCACUCUAUAUUGGCCCAGUGCAGACAUUUGGAUCUGAGAAGCAGAAAGAGGAGUGGAUUACACCCUUUACAACAGGCGAGCAUGUCGGAUGUUUUGCACUCUCUGAACCUGGUAAUGGUAGUGAUGCAGGUGCUGCAUCAACUAUUGCCACAGAAGAAGCAGACAGUUUCAUCUUGAAUGGUACAAAGUCAUGGAUCACCAAUGGUUAUGAAUCUGAAGCAACAGUUGUUUUUGCUGCAACAGACAAGUCAAAAAAACAUAAAGGCAUAUCUGCUUUUAUUGUACCAAAACCCAUAGAGGGUCUGUCAUUGGGAAAGAAAGAAGAUAAGUUAGGUAUCCGGGGGUCUUCAACGUGUAAUCUUAUAUUUGAGGACUGCCAGAUUCCGUCAGAAAACAUGCUGGGAGCACCUGGCAUGGGCUUCAAAAUUGCAAUGAUGACUUUAGAUGCUGGGAGAAUUGGAAUAGCUGGUCAAGCACUUGGCAUUGCCCAAGCUGCUUUUGACUGUGCCAUUGACUAUGCGGGGAAGAGAAUGGCCUUUAAUGCUCCAAUCCUGAAGAUGCAAGUUAUCCAGCAAAAACUGGCAGACAUGGCACUAAAAAUUGAAUCAGCACGUCUUCUGACUUAUAAGGCAGCUGUACUUAAGGAUGAAGGGAAGCCAUAUACCAAGUUUGCUGCCAUGGCUAAACUGGCUGCCUCAGAAACAGCCACUUUCUGUGGUCAUCAGGCUAUACAGAUCCUUGGCGGUAUGGGAUACGUCAGUGACAUGCCAGCGGAGAGACACUAUCGAGAUGCGCGCAUCACUGAAAUCUAUGAAGGCACAUCAGAAAUACAGCGUUUAGUCAUAGCAGGAAAUCUUAUUAAAGAAUACCAAGCACUGUAGCAGUAGUUAUAAGAAUUAAGUUUUCUCUUCAAUAAUUAUUUCUUUCAAUAGUUCAAAUAUGGGUAUAUUUUUCCAUUCAUGUUUAAUGUUGCCUUAAUGCCGAGAGAAGUUAACUUUUUGCUUAUACCUGUAACUUUAUUUAACACUACUGUAUUCUUAGAAUAAUUUACAAUGUAAUUUCAUAAUACAAAUGUUUGGGACGCUACCAUUUUAUACUCAAGUGAGUUGUAGUGUAAUAAACUUGAGUUUUAUUUUUGUUCUUAAAAGCAACUUAUCAAUGCAAUUACAAAUAUGUACAGGAUAUAUAUUUUUAAUAUAAUAUGGUUCCUAAGAUAAACAAUUAUAUGUAAAUACUGAUAA